GGCGGCGCAUACCGGCUAAAGACGCCAGCUUUAUUUGCCCGGGAUUAUAGCGAUCCAUUUCGCCGAUUGCGAGCGAGGUCCGAACCAAGCUUUUAAACUUGCCAGCUUCUGCCAUCACCUUCAACAACCCCAAAUCUCUGUACAAUAUUUUUUCUUCAAGUCCCUACCCCUUUGCGUACGAGCCGUUCUUCUUUGAAUUGACAUACUACCGCAACAAUGUCUCCAGUUUCUGAGGAUAUUCACGACCUGGUCGCGAAACUCGAGCAACGGGUGAAGGACUUGGAAAGCAGGCUGCACCUGGCUUCCGGCGGCGCGUCGAAGCAAGCCGGUAUCGCAGAUGGCGUCAGGAUGAUCCUGAUGGGACCUCCAGGAGCUGGCAAGGGAACACAAGCACCAAAGAUCAAGAGCAUGUUCUCAUGUUGCCAUCUGGCAACUGGUGAUAUGCUCCGGUCGCAGGUAGCGAAGAAGACCGAGCUCGGCCGUCAAGCCAAGAAGAUCAUGGACGAAGGUGGCCUCGUCAGCGACGAGAUCGUCAUCGGCAUGAUCAAGGACGAGCUCGAGAACAACAAGGAGUGCAAGGGAGGCUUCAUCCUCGACGGCUUCCCCCGUACCGUCGUCCAAGCCGAGCGCCUCGACGAGAUGCUCACCCAGCGCAAGGAGCCCCUCAAAUACGCCGUCGAGCUCCAAAUCGACGACGGGCUCCUCGUCUCCCGCAUCACCGGCCGCCUAGUGCACCCAGCGUCGGGCCGCUCAUACCACAAGAUCUUCAACCCCCCCAAGGAGACCAUGAAGGACGAUGUGACCGGUGAGCCGCUGAUCCAGCGCUCUGACGACAACGCCGAGGCUCUCAAGAAGCGCCUUGUUACCUACCACAAGCAGACCGCGCCGGUGGUCGACUACUACCAGAAGACGGGCAUCUGGAGCGGGAUCGACGCGAGCCAGGAGCCGGGACAGGUGUGGAAGUCGCUGCUGGGCGUGUUCCGCGCUGAGCAGAAGCCAAGUCUGCUGUCCAAGAUUUCGACGGUUGUUUGAACGGGUGUUAGUGUCUGGUGAUGGGUUAAGGUUAAGGGUGGGUGCGGGGGCUCGCAUAAAUCAAAAGUUCCAUGUUUAGAAUGUCCGAGCGGCGUUUUUUUGAAGCAUGGAGACAGACGGAUGUUCAUGUACGAUCAAUUUUGCUAGGUGGAUUUUGUAUACUGCAUUAGCACUGAUCUGGUGUCAUGGCCAAAUGUAUUAAUGAAGAGAUGCGAGAUAUUGUCCCAACACCAACUGAUAUAUUUUACAUGUGAUAAUCUAACACGAU